GCAGCCCCAAACACAGCAAGAAGGAGAGCAGAACAUGGUAAACAUAAACUGGCCAGGGCUCCUCAAAUGGUCGACUAAAUAUGCAGACGGCACCAUCGACACGAACAAACGGCUAAGCAAGGAAGACAUCGAGUUCCUGCAGGGGGCGAUCAAGGAUGCCCUUAGCCAAGUGGAGGAUCCAUACGAAGCGAUAAACGAAGCAGUACGUAACUUUGAAAAUGCCGAUGAAGGAAUUAUUUUGGCUUCCGCCAAAAUUGUGGAAAGGCUAGUAGAUGAAUACCCGGAGGUCUCUCGUAAUCUACACAAGAUAAACGCAAUAGACCCUUUAUUAAAAUUGCUGAACCUAACAAAUACUCACAUCUUAGAAUCUGUGUUGCAAAUAUUUUCGCUAGCUCUCUCAAAUAAUCCAGAGUUACAAGAAUGUGUUUUCAAAAAAAACGGGCUAAAGACUUUAUUGCUAAAACUACAAGAAUCUCAAAAGACAGUGAUAGAUAAAAAACUGAUAACAGCCAUCUCUGCUCUGAUUAGACACCAUGAUGAGGCAGAAAAUAAAUUUAUUGACUAUGGUGGGGUUGGUUUUUUAGUGUAUGGGAUGCAAACAAAUAUUUACCAGUAUCAGGAGAAGUCGGCUCUGCUGUUGAAGCAUCUACUGGCCAGGAGCGAAGCAGCCAGAGCAGAAAAGCAACGAUCAUUUUAG